CCAGACUCUGUUUACAGUUUUAAUGCUGUAAGAAACAUGAUGAAAUCAUGACGUCUCAGUUUAGUGUCAUGUCAGGUAAGACUGUUGGCAGUAGAGGUUUUCUGUCUGAAGGUGACCUCCAACAUGCUCUCUAUCCUGCAGACAUCACUUCUCCUACAAGCAUCUCAAACACAACCACUUUUCCUGCAAACACUUCAUCCAUCCUCCAGCCAACCUCUCUAACAGACAGAACUCAAAACCAGACCUCACCUCCAGUCACCAAGGAGAAAACCACCACCAAAGACUCAACACGUCCAGAGUGUUCUUACACUGUUACACCCAUCAAGUUUGGUUUCAAAAUUACAGUGAUGAACUUCAUCACUGGAAACUACAACAUCAGUAUUUCUGAAGUGAACGGAUCAGAGACAAAGACGUACACUGAGUUCCUCGAUGAAAACUCAUCACGUGAAAUCAAACACCUGAAGCCCUGUACUGACUAUGAGCACAGAGUUACUUUCAUUGACAGUGAUGGAAAUGAAACACUCUGUGACUCUGACCAAGAUGUGACUAGAACUUCUACAUUGAGUGAAGGUGACAUUAAAGAUGUCAGCUGCAUGUCUGGAUUUGUUUGUUACCAAAGUGACUGGGACAUCAACUCAUACCUGUCAACACCAGAUAAGAUUCAAUGUAACAGAGAAACACAAAUUAAAACAUGGUGUGUCAAACCUGGUUACGAGGACAUUUGCUCAGAUUUUACUUCAACCUUCACGUGUGGGAGCUCUUCUUUUAGUCGCACCACAUUCAUCUCUCUUGAUCCAAGUGACAUAAAUCAGACUGCUCCCACUGACCUUCCUGCAGAAAUUAAACCAGUGUUUCCACCAAAGUGUCAGAAUCUCACCGUUGAUUACACCUGUUCAGAAAGUGGAAAAGUCAACGACUACAAGAAACUGUCUGAGCUGGAGCCCUUCACAGAAUACAGCUGUACUGGUCAGAUCAAGAAGAACAACAUCUUCAUAAAUAAAACAACUCCACCCAUUAGAGUUAAUAUUGACUGUGGUUUUGAAAUAACCACUGUGAGCAAAAACCCAACUCAAACUUCCAUUGAGCUGAGCUGGACAACAACUAGUGACAACUGUCAACGUGUCCUCCACACACUUGAGAAGCUUUCUCAUGAGUGUAGCUGUCAUGAAACCUACAGUCAUAAACCUACUCAAAUCAAACCCAUCUACAACAACAAGGAGGUCGGUCAAGGACAAGAGGUUAAAGAGAUGACUCUGCCUGGAAUACCAGCAGAUAUUCGAGACAUGUCUGUGAUUCAACCAGAGAAUAAUGUGAUUAUAGUGACCUGUAAAUAUUCUGGUCGUUUCAAUGGACCUAAGAGGAAAUACAUAGCACGUCUCAGUAAUGGUGUCACAUUGGAGAAGGACAAAUGUGAGUUUGAAUUCAGAGAGCUGAGCUACUCUACGAGCUAUGAAGUGAAGGUGACUGUCUUGAAUGGAGUCUAUGAGAGUAAUCCCACAAUAAAAACAGUGACCACCCUCUACAAUGAUAAAGCUGUCAUCAGAUUUUUCGUCUUCCUCAUCAUCAUCAUCUCAUGUGUGGUGCUGGUUGUGGUGUUCUACAAGAUUUACAAACGAAAGCACAGAAACUCCACAAAGUAA